GACCGCUGCUAUGACGAGGGCAUGUACGCGGCUGCCAAACUGCUGUAUAGCAACGUCUCUAACUUUGCCUGCCUGACGUCCACCUUGGUCCACUUCGGGGAGUAUUAGGCAGCUGUAGACAGCAGCCUCAAGGCCAGCUGCACCUGCACGUGGAAGGAGGUGUGCUUUGCCUGCGUGGAUGGGCUGGAGUUCCGCCUCACACAGCUGUGUGGCCUUCACAUCGUCAUCCACGCAGAUGAGCUUGAGGAGCUGAUUCGCUAUUACCAGUGUGGCUCCAGCACUGGCUGUGCCCCACACAUCACCUUGGACCCCUGCACGCUCAUGCAGACUCGGUCAUCGCUGCUGGCUGGGCUCAUGCCCUUCUGGAUGGUUGCCAACGUGGAGCUCUACUACAGAGCCCUGCAGUUCUAUCUGGAUUACAAACCACUUCUCGUCAAUGACCUGCUGGUGGUGCUGUCACCCCGGCUGGACCACACUCGGACGGUCAAUUUCUUUUCGAAGGUGAGCCAGCUGCCCCUGGUGAAGCCUUACCUGCGGUCAGUCCAGAGCCACAACCACAGGAGUGUGAACGAGGCGCUGAACCACCUGCUGACGGAAGAGGAGGAUUAUCAGGGCUUGAGGGCAUCUGUCGAUGCCUACGACAACUUCGACAGCAUCGGCCUGGCUCAGCAGCUGGAGAAGCACCAGCUGAUGGAAUUCAGGCGCAUCGCGGCCUAUCUGUACAAGUGAAGCAACUGGUGGGCCCAGAGUGUGGAACUCUGCAAGAAGGAUCGUCUCUACAAGGAUGCCAUGCAGCACGCCGCAGAGUCGCGGGAUGCCGAGCUGGCCGAGCAGCUGCUGCAGUGGUUCCUGGAGGAAGGCAGGUGGGAGUGCUUUGCAGCCUCGCUCUUCACCUGCUACGACCUGCUCCACCCGGACGUGGUGCUCGAACUGGCCUGGAGACACAACCUCAUGGACUUCGCCAUGCCGUACUUCAUCCAGGUGAUGAGGGAGUACCUGAGCAAGGUGGACAAACUGGAUGCCUCGGAGAGUCUGCGUAAGCAAGAGGCACAUGUGGCAGAGCCCGCCCCUCUCAUGUUUGGCCCACAGCUGAUGCUGACAGCCGGCCCUGCCCCUGCCGGCUUCCCCUGCGGAUACACUGCUGCUCCCACCUUCACCCACACUCCUGUAUAUGGCUUCAAUGUGUAG